UGAAACUGGACCUCUCCUCUGUGAUUCAGAGAAGAGGUACGUACGUACGUACAGUCAGUGUAGUCGGUGGUGAAAGGCUCCUUUUCCGGGAUAUCAGUCCAAGGAACAUGGACUCACAGUGAGUCCACAGGGUCAGGAACGCCUCCCGUCCCACCUCAGUGUGUCGUCAGGUCGUGACGAGUGCUCGGGGCCCGGAUUCAUCGACUCAUUGCCCAGCCUUCUUUGACAUUCUCUGCAGUUCCUGCCUGCAUUGGCCUGUCUGCACGCUCGGGGCGGAUCGGAUCGACACCUCUUCACCCAUCAUCGAGUCCAUAGAUUCUCUCUCAAUUCUCGACGGUUGAGGCCAGUGUGGCUGUCCCAGUCAACGCCUCAAUGAUCGACAACAGACCCUCGCAGCGAUCAUCAUCCCAUCAGUUCGUGCUCCAACCUCUUGAGUGAGUUUGUGGAAUCUGAGUUCUUGAGCUACGCAAAUUCACUCUCAACACACCGGCAACAUGAAGGGAAUCUUUGGGAAAUCCUCCAAGUCUCCCACCGAGAUUGUGCGGAACAUGAAAGAGGACCUGGUCGUCCUGGAAAAAGGCGGUGAUGGCAAGAAACAGGAAAAGGCCCAAGAGGACCUCUCCAAGCAAUUGAUCAACAUGAAGACUCUGUUGUUUGGCUCGGAUUCCGAACAACAAUCCGACAUCAUCCUGGCGCAACUCAGUCAAGAGAUGUACAACUAUGGUCUGUUGAUCCUGUUGAUCAGCAACCUUCAUCGCAUUGAUUUCGAAGGCAAGAAGGAUGCCGUACAGAUCUUCAAUAAUGUUCUUCGACGGCAAAUCGGCACUCGAACGCCCACCGUGGAAUACAUUUGCACGAAACCUGAGAUCCUCUCCGCCCUUUGUCGUGGGUAUGAGCAACAAGAGAUUGCUCUAAAUUGCGGCACCAUGUUGAGAGAAUGCGUACGAUUCGAAUCGUUGACCAAGAUUCUCUUGAACUCUGAGCAUUUCUACGAUUUCUUUAAAUAUGUUGAGGUUUCCACCUUUGACAUAGCAUCCGAUGCCUUUGCAACAUUCAAGGAAUUAUUGACCCGUCACAAAAUGGUUGCGGCAGAUUUCCUUGAAGCCAAUUUUGACAAGGUGUUUAACAACUAUCAGAAGUUGCUGCAUUCCGACAACUAUGUCACCCGUCGACAAUCAUUGAAGUUGCUCGGAGAGUUGCUCCUGGACAGGCAUAAUUUCUCUGUGAUGACGCGUUAUAUUUCCAAUCCGGAUAACUUGAAGCUUAUGAUGAACAUGCUGAAAGAGAAAUCCCGCAACAUUCAAUUUGAAGCCUUCCACGUUUUUAAGGUGUUUGUGGCCAAUCCCAACAAACCCAAGCCCAUUCUGGACAUUCUGUUAAGAAAUCAAGACAAAUUAGUGGAGUUUCUCACGAAAUUCCACACGGAUCGGUCCGAAGACGACCAAUUCAAUGAUGAGAAGGCCUAUCUCAUUAAGCAGAUCAAGGACCUCAAACCUAUUGCUGAAUGAAUAAUAGAAUAAUCGUGCGGCCCACAUAACAUCCGACAUUCAAACAAACAUCCAACCAAACAAGCAGAUCCCUACACAAAAAUUCAUCAUCAACAGGUCAUCAGGAAUUGCGAAAGAAAUACAAGCAGAUAAAAUUGUAAUGUAGAUGACGAGAGGUGAUCGGAUCCCUCCUAGUUUAAAUAACAUUAGCAGCAAUUGUUGCAUCGUUCUUUAGUUCAGACGGACCGCAAAACCCUCUCUUGUUUUUCUCCGCCCUCACAAUUGUUUUACUCCACCUCUGGCGGGGUCCUUGAAAUUGGGAACUUGGAAUUGGAUCAAUUACCUUUGACUUCUUUGCCACAAGCUUCAUUCCUUAUCAAGCUAUUCCUCAUAUUGGCAUCCCACAACCCGAUCGUCGUCGCUCCUUGACGUCAGUGAAAACUACAUCUUCGACUAAAAUAGUGCUUCAGGACAUACAACUACGAUUACAUUAAUUACGUACGAAUAAUGAAUGCUAUGUGCUGCGUGAAUAUUAGUUUCGCAACUACUAUUCUGUUUCAUUUGUCCCCUCUUCUCGUGCUCAAGAGGUGUGUUAUCAAUAUAUUUUAAGUUAAACAAGAUGAAA